AUGGAGAAUAGUUACUCAACACCGAUCUCCCCUCAAUCGCCUAAUGUCUUUCGACCCCGCCGAUCGGAUGACUGGCAUGAAUAUCGUGAAAUCAUCGAACAACUCUACCGCAACGACCAGCUGAAACUACGCGAUGUGAAACGCAUCAUGGAGAGAGAUUAUAAGUUCUUUGCAUCAGAGAAACAAUACAAAGAUCGUCUUGCCGCAUGGCAUGUUCGAAAGAACAUCAAAGCCAAAGAAGUCCAUCUUAUGCUCCGGAAGCAACAGAAGCGUGCCGCCCAAGGCAAACAGACAGCCUUCCGGGUAAACGGUCAGAAUGUUGACCCCAAACGGAUCGCCCGCUUUGUGCGUCGGUAUGGGACAUCAUGGGAUACCAAUCGAGGCAAAGAGCCAGAGACCGAGCCACAAAGCCCGGAGCCUCAAACGCCAUCCGACAUGACCUGCUAUACCCCCGAACCAACAGACGAACACAGCCUCACAACACCAAUCUCACCACUCCCCGACAUGCAAUCACCGACCCGAGAGAUGCCGCCCUACCCGCUCGGCUCAUACGGUAAAUCCACGGCCGUUCCGGUGAGUGUGCCUGUACCGAAUGAUAUUGAUGGAAGAUAUUUCGCUCUAGACCCAAACCACCUCGAAAACCUUCCCGAUCUAGAACUGGAAGAAUCACCGGCCAUGCCGAUGUCUAUGCACACAACCCAACCCCGUCAUAUCCAGUCCUACCACCAUUCAAUAGGGAACCAUCUUUCACACGCACAUGGUGCACAUGGUGCACACGGGUCUCACGGGUCUCACGGCUCUCACGGUUCUCACGGUUCUCACGGUUCUGGUGUACACGGCUCUCAUGCAUCCCAUGCUGUAGGUGUACACAGUUCUCACACUGCACAUGGUCACCCUGGAACCGCACCUCGGGAUCUCGAGGAUGCUCCUGGUGAAGAAGAUACCCAUUCGCCUGACUGGAAUACGGUUGAGUCGUUCCAGUCACGGUUGCAGAAUUUGGAUUAUACGCUUACGCAGUCGAUGUCGAAGUGGGCUAGGGAUCAGGAUCCCAAUCAGGAGAUUCCUCACCAUGAGGGGUUGGGGAUGUGA